UCAUGCACCGGCGCUGUCUGCUAUCACAAAUCAAACGCUCCUCUGUGUACCUGAAACGCCCCUCGACUAUUUGACGUGGAGCUCAGAGCUCCGCUAGUGUCGCAGCACGCUGUGUACUUGCUGCUAGAAGGUCGCAGCGCUACCGAGGAGUUAAACAGACACGCGUUAAAUUUCUGUCUUAAACUUCUAGUUGUACUAAUCUGCUGCACAGUCGGAGUCAGCGCAUAUUUACACUUGUAUGUGAAUUGCACCUGAGCACAUUUGGGAGCAACUUGCUCCAACAACAACGGAGGUCCGCGCGGAGGAAUGCACUUUAUCUGCGUGAGAAAACACGCCAAAAAAGACAACAACGUUGUGCCAGGAUGCAGAGCUUAAAUGUUGCCCGUCUUUCGUCAAACCGACGGCCGUCUGUUGGGGCAGUUUCACCGGGUGAAAAUCCUCCCGUUGGGAAAGCUGCGUCCCAGGUGACUGUGAAAAGACAAGCCGUGAAGAGACACCACCACAAACACAACCUGAAGCACAGGUACGAGUUCCUGGAGACCCUCGGGAAAGGAACCUAUGGCAAAGUGAAGAAGGCCAAGGAAAGAUCCGGUCGACUGGUUGCCAUAAAGUCGAUCAGAAAGGAUAAGAUAAAGGAUGAGCAAGACCUGGUUCAUAUUCGCAGAGAAAUUGAGAUCAUGUCCUCGCUCUGCCAUCCGCACAUCAUCACCAUAUAUGAAGUAUUUGAGAACAAGGACAAAAUAGUGAUUGUGAUGGAGUACGCCAGCCGAGGAGACCUGUACGACUACAUCUGUGACAAGAAGAACAUCUCUGAACGGGAGGCCAGGCACUUCUUCAGACCGAUUGUAUCAGCUGUGCACUACUGCCAUCAGAAUGGAAUAGUACACCGGGACCUGAAACUGGAAAAUAUUUUACUAGAUGGCAACGGCAAUGUGAAGAUUGCAGACUUUGGGCUGUCAAACCUCUUCCAUGGUGAUAAGUACCUUCAAACCUUUUGUGGAAGCCCUCUGUAUGCUUCCCCUGAGAUUGUCAAUGGACGGCCAUACCGCGGACCAGAGGUGGACACUUGGUCUCUUGGUGUGCUGUUGUACACUAUGGUUCAUGGUACUAUGCCAUUUGAUGGAAACAGCCACAAGGCAUUGGUCCAACAGAUAAGCACUGGAAACUAUCGUAAACCCAUCAAUCCCUCUGAUGCAUGUGGGCUUAUCCGAUGGAUGCUGAUGGUAAAUCCUGAGCGCAGAGCCACAAUAGAGGAGAUUGCAGGACACUGGUGGCUCAACUGGGGCUACCAGCAGCCAUUACUGGUUGAGGCAAAGAGCAGUCCAGUGGAGCAGACCACUCCACCAGCCUCUCCUUCAACAUCGCAUCCUGGCGGGCUGGCCCUUGUUGGUAGCUGGCUGCGCCGUACAUCCAGGCCUUUACUUGAGAACGGCUCUAAGAUGCGCUGCCUGCUCCGCUCACAGGGUGGUGGUGGUGGAGGGGAUGUAGUCCGGCAGCGCUCUCUGCGAAGGUCGCGAAAGGAAAAUAAUGUCUCCCAGACCAAUCAAGAAGUAAGCACCGACGGUCGCCCCUCUAAGGGGAUUUUGAAGAGACGCAACAGUGUGAAACAGAAGGCACUGAGUGAAGUCCCUGCUGUAGGUUCAGUGGAGCCACACAACAUUUUGGGUUUGCCUGCACCAGCUAAUGCGCCUUCAGCUGCUCUGCUGCCUCGCAAAGGUAUCCUUAAGAAGCGAACAGAGCAGGAGUCUGGGUACUACUCCUCCUCUCCUGAGAACAGUGACUCUGGCUGGGCUCCACAAACUAAAGAGUGCCCUUCAGCAUCAACUCAUAAAGGCAUCUUGAAGCGCAAUGGAAAGUUCUCCUCAGGUAGGCUGCAGGAGUUUGGCUCUCUGGACCAGCUGGCAGCUUCUUUACCCUGCGGAGGCAUCAGGUCGCGACCGAGCGGGGCCAUCAGUGAGGAUAGCAUUCUGUCUUCUGAGUCCUUUGACCAGCUGGAUCUGCCAGACUGUGUAGGACCUCCAGCACAAAUGGAUAAACCAGCCAAGUCUAGCAUGAGAGGAUGUGUGUCUGCGGACAACCUGCUGGAUAUCACAGAAGACGGGAUCCUUGGGGACGGGUCGCUGAGGCCCUGGAACUGCUACAGGUCUGGAGUGGCUGACAGUUCCUUUUCUAUCACAGACUGUGAUAAUGUAACAGAGGCUUACAAACAGGCCAUGGCUCUGCAGCAAGCUGAAGACCUAUGAUUGGUAGAGGACACUAACUUAAGACUGCUAAACUAAUGAAGACAUGUUUGCCAAAGUGCAUUAGGUGACAUAACCAGCACACUGUUGUGAUAAUCAUUUUGUCCAACUUCAGGAACUGCACAGUACCAAAAAAGCAGGAGGCUUCUUUAUAAGAUUGUAUUUUAGGUGAUAAAUGUCUAUGAAUAAUUUGAGUAAAACUGGCUAAAAAUAACCAGAAUGCACAGUCUUUUACAAAAAUGAUGCAGCAGUUUAGAAUAACCAUUUCAAAGAUCCUCAGGAGAAGGAAGAGAGCUGCUGUGGGUGAAUCAGGAGCUCUUCAUUUUCAAGCCUAUUAUCAAAAGUGUAGUUAAAGCAAAAGGUCACCCUGAAACCAAAACUCUGGUCUUCAAUGUCAAAGAAAGGUUUGUUUAACAUAUUUCGCAGUGGCAAUAAAUCAAACUGACAUUUUCAGUCACAAUAGGACUUUUGUUUGAACAUUGCUUCAGCCAUAAAGUCGGUGUCUUUUAUUGUCCACAGGACAGUUUGAGAAAGUGAAACUUAACAGCUCUUUAAGAUUCUAGCAGUGUGAAAGCUGAUCAUAUGUAUCUAGGAGAACAGUAAUAACGCACAGGUAAAUGUUAGAAUGGGUAUACUACAGCUUUUAUUGUGCUUCAGGAUGUGGGGAAAAUGACAUUUCACGGAUACCAAAGAGUAGGUUUGCUAAUGUCAAGAGUUUUUUAUGUUUCUUUAUUUAAAA